UUUUUUAAUAUUCGAUUCAUCGAGACGAGAUCCGAUCGACGUGUGCUUACCAGGUGGUUAUACGUUCGUGAACAAAAAUGAAAAUUUCAUUGAUAAUAUUAGCGUCCAUUUUAAUUUCCUGCAAUGGUUUGCCGUACAAGGAUGAUACGGCAGGGGAUUCUAUUGAUAGUCCUUAUUCUCCAAUCAAUUUGGAGAAAUUAAGGAAGCUUAUGAAAACCGGCAGUGAAGCCCAUAAAAUACCAGUUUUGGAUCCCUUCAAGUUAAAACAAUUUGUUUAUCAGAUUAACGAGGAGUCCAUCAUUGAGGCUCACGGAUUUCUAAGAAACUUAAUGAUCAACAAUUUAUCUACUUUCAAUGUCAUCAAGGCAGACCUCAAUUUGGUCGGAGUUAAAGUUAACUUACAUCUAUCAUGGGAUUCGAUUAAAUUUGUUACCGAUUACACCUUGAAAGGGACUUUAAUGAAGUUUUUAUCGAUUUAUGGAUUCGGCGAUAUCAACGCAAACGUGAAAGGUUUAGACCUAAACAUGACAAUGAGUUUAUCUGUAAGAGACGACGACAUAUAUGUACGUAGUUUCGAAUCGGCAAUCAAACUCAAAGAACUCGACCUAACAAUUACUGGAUUAUUUUACGACGAAGAAAUAUCAAGGAUAAUAAGCUUAGUUGUCUCCGAUAUAACACCGCAAUUGAUUGAUGAUUAUCAAAGUGAAAUAACCCAAAAAUUCAACACUCUCGCUACGAAUUUGUUGAAUAAUUUCUUAAAGGGCUUAAAUUUGAUGAGCCUGGAGUAUCUUCUUUCUUAAAUGAAAGCAAAGAAAAAAGAAGAAAAAAAAAAAAAAAAGAAGAAGAAGAAGAAAAAGAAAGAAAAGGAAACAAAGAACAAGAAAACGAAAAUCAAAACGAACGAAAGAAAAUGAUCUAAAUCGUUGAUCGUACCAUUCUCUAUUUUUAUUUCUUUAUAUGCAAAUAUAUAUAUAUAUAUAUAUAUAUAUAUAUAUAUAUAUAUAUACAUAUGGUUUCUAUUUUUCUUUCCCCAUAAGAAUAUUAUUAUACGUUGAUACACUUUUAUAUUUUAUAAUUAUCCUUAAUCCCAACUAAAAUACAAUUUUAGGAUUGAUCAAAAGUUUUUAAAUAAUUUCAAGAAUAAAUUUUCUUUUAGAAUUCAA